AUGCCGCCCGCUCUCGGCCGAACGAGGGUUGGCCAUCACUUCACGGGGGUAGGGGUGGCCGCUGCGCGUGUGCAAGUUGGCGUGGAAAUCAUGUCCAUGCCCGUCGUCCUGACGCUGUCGCGAGCUGCCUGCCUGCCAUAUGGGCACGGCCAAGUAUCCCGGCGCAAGGGAACAUGGGACACGACAGCAACAGAAAAGGAUCUCGAAGGAGAUUCGGGUAAUCAUCUCCGCGGGCCGGGACCUGUAGACCGUAGGGGCGGCGAAAAGCAGGCACGGCUGCUCGUGUGCGUCGGCAGGAUUCGACGUCGGUGUGCUGCUGAGUGA